AACAAACAUGGCGAGUUCAAUUUCUUGUUUACCUGUAAAUUCCAGUCUUGGUUAUUUGGCGAAAUGUCUCGGAGCUUUGAAUCCAGUCCCGUGGGAUAAGGUUCGAAAGUUGGUUCGUCUUUACCCAAGAGUUUCAAUCGAUUCUACAUUGCCUUGCUCACUAGAAAAAAGAAACUUGGAUGCUGCUUUGGCAAUUGAAGUUUUUCUACUUGAAUCUCAACUGCAGCAUAAGGAUAAGAUUUUGCCAUUAUUAUUGAACCUGCUAAAGUGUUUACCUUCUGUCAUGUUUAAUGAAGCCAAUGAAGUAAGCAGAAUUACAAAAGGAUGCCUUGCAGAAGAGUUCUCAUUUCAUUUUGUUUCAUUAUUACUGGAGAUAGCAAGUUUAGAAACGGAUGGUGGUGCAGAUAUUGUUUUGGCUGUGAUACAUACUUUUCAAGAACUUGUUCAAUUGUGUUGCAAUGUUGGACAACACACAGAUGUCAAAAAAGCAUUUAUUUGCAAAGUGACAAUCCCUGUUCUUCUUGGAAUCUGCCAAGCUAUCAGUGCCAACUGUUCUAGAUCAACUAUAUCUUAUAUCAACCUCCUAUGUCAUAAACAAUGCAGGAAAUGUGGUUCAGACUUCAAGUUGAAACCUACAGUGACAGCAUGGGAUAACACUGAUGAAACUACAACAAGCAAAAGCAGCGUGUUUACAACAGUUUUAUCAACAAGUCACCUCAACGCAAUUCUUACUGAAAUUGAAAGUUUGGUUUUAUCAGAAAACUUACCUGAACUGGAUAGAAUACUGGCUGAGCUUAAUCAGACUGGUAGUUUACCAGAGAAAUUUCCAUAUCAUCACUAUGGGGAACUUAUAAUUGAUGCAACUGUAGGCAUGUUGAAAGACCUUUGCAUUAACAGAAAUGAUAAAUUACCACCUCAAUCAGUGGAAAGUGUUCAAAACUUCAUCAAAAAUCUUUUCAUCAAAGAGAAAACUGGCGUGCAGAAAAGCAAGCACUCAAGACAUGACUUACAGUGGAAAUUUCAUGUUCUUGCUUCGUGUGUUGAUCUUUUAGUCUGGUCAGCUAAAGAUGAUGCAGAUGUUGACGAUUUAAUUGAGCCUCUUGUGGAUUAUCUGAACUCGAACAGUUCGUUUGGGCUCAUCCAAACUGACCCUGACCUUAUUGUUUGUUGUCUAAACAGUCUUGGAAAACUAGCGUGUAAAUACGAAAGCAGAGCAAGCGUUAUCUUAGACGCCUACCGUCAUUUUCUUCUCGCUCCGUCGUUAAUUUUAUGCAAGUUGUAUCAAAACAAACGAAAAGCAACAUCUCCUAUGGUGACUGUAUCAAACACCAAUGCAUCAACAUUCACUGCGGUUGAUCCGAAUGUUUUCACAGAGGACGCGGUCGAGAAGCAGGGGUUUAGAUUAGUUCAGGAAACAACGCUUGCAAAUAUUUGCAAAGUACUUCGUGUAGUUGUAAACAUAGACCCAAAAUCAAUCGAAGAGUUUAUUGCUGUUGUUCUCAACCGUCUUUAUACAACUGGUUCUGAUGACAAAGGAAAAGAUAUCAAGCAUUCCAAUGUGAUUAAAAUUGUUGGUACCGUUGGUUUUCAUCUCAAAGAUUAUUCGAAUGUCCUUGAGAAAGUCAGAGGUGGCUUAUUACAAAGAUUCUGUUCCCCACCGUCCUCCUUAGAUUACCUUAUUGUGGAACAGCUGAUGAACGUCGCUCUCACAGAAAAGGACGAGUUCUACAAGAAUAUACUGAGUAUGUUCAUAAAAAUCCUAACCAGUUCCGGAACAUUGGCGUAUUCGUCCGGACCUUCAACGAAAGAUGAGAAAACAGAAGGAUAUAGGCAUUGCUCAAAAUCUGUUAUAAAUGCUCUGGAACAAAUCGCAGCCCGUUUAGAAAAGCAGGAAUUCUUGCAAGAUUUACUUGUGAGUUUGUUGGAACUCUUUGUUCAGAUGGGUUUGGAAAGCAAACGUGCGAGUCAGAAGGCUUCGUUUUUGAAGGCAUCGUCAAGCGCUGGUAACUUGGGUGUUUUGAUUCCCGCCAUUGCCACAACAGUCUCACGACUUCCACCAAUCACAGAUCCUAAACCCAGACUUCAUAAGUUAUUUCGUGAUUUUUGGCUUUAUUGCGUCGUAUUUGGAUUCGGUGUAGAAGGUUCAAGCUCCUGGCCGGUUCAUUGGUACACAGGAGUAUGUCAGAUAGCGUCAAGAUCACCUUUAUUGCUUGGUCGAGAACAUUUGAGAUCAGAAUUAUUGUAUACCUGGGCGUUGAAAAAUGAUACCAUUGAUGCAACGGAAAUGAAUGAGGUACGAACGUCAGUACUCGAUGUGGUUGGAAAUGCAAAUGAACUUUCUGUCAUUGUUGGAAAGUUAAAUUUUGUUCAAUGUACACAUCUACUCUCCGUUUACAAGUUGGAAUCAUUGCGUGUGUCGAAUGAUACAAAUUCAUUUCAUAAAAUGUUCACAUACUUAGAGAACAAACCCAUACAGAAAGACAAAGCAGGAAUGUGGAAAUGUGUAUCCGUGAUUGCUGACAGAGUUUUUGAAAUAUUUCUAAGUGCUUUGGUUGGUAAACCAAAAACCGAUGACCGAGAGCGAGAACUGGAACGCCAUGCUCAGUUUUUCCUUGUCAAGUUUAAUAAUUUGGCAUCGCGAAUCAGGCGCAUUGCUGACAAAUAUCUGUCGCUGCUUGUUGAUAGAUUUCCCCACCUCCUUUGGAAUGGUGCAGUGUUACAUACGAUGUUAGAUAUUCUCCAGGUUCUGGCCCAGUCUCUUGAGCAAACGGUUGACGAUCACCAGUGUUUACAUUUGGAAGUGCGAGAUACUCCAUAUACAUUGACAGUAUCUGAUGCUUCUGAAGAAAGAGAGAGGACCGUCAGUGAUUUUGCUGCUAGAUGUACUGGUAUACUCCAAGAAGCCAUGAAGUGGGCGCCAUUAGCAACAAAAUCACUGUUACAUGAAUAUUUGGUGAAAGUUGAUCAUAUUCAAACACGUGUUGGACAGCACACUGGAGUGGCUUUAGUUGCUGAAAGUUCCGUCAAUAUGCCUUCAUUAAAUCGCAACACAGCCGCAGUCAGCUCAUCAGUCGUAUCGAAACGUCCUUCCUGUGCGAAAAAUGAUAAUGCUAAGUUUACCGUUGGUCUCACAAUUAGGAGCAGAUAUGUUGGAGAGAUAAACGGUAUGCUCGAUAUGUCAAUGUUAAGUAAUGACUGUUCAAAAGAAGAUGCGAGGUCGUUAUUGUCUGCUGCUAUUAUAAAACAGUUGGAUGAAACGGCUGGUAAAGACACGCAGAUGUACGAGACUUCGCUCUUCAGAGCGUCUGCUUUAUUGACCAAAUUUCAAGAGUUGGACAGAAAAUUGUUGAGAAGCAUAUGUUGGUCACCUGCUCAACUUUUUACGAGACAAUCCUUAGAAAGCGCUGUUGCAUGUUGGGAAUGGAUUUCUGCUGCAAGACCUGAUUUUGAACUACAGUUUCUUUGCGAACUUUCAGCAGCAUGGCAGUGGACAGUGAAUUGUCGUAAAGGAUUGUUUAGCGUUGAUGAACCACGAAGUAAUCCACUCUCCGUUUCAGAGGAUAAGGUUGAAGAACCCUAUUCACCCAAUAUAUCCCCCCACGAGCUUUGGAUACAGUUUCUCUUCCAGAGAUUUGAAGUCUUGAAGUAUGUUAACUCAGAUAAAGUGAAUGUUUUUCUGAUGUUACUGUUACGUUCUCUGCCGUUGCUGGUUUCAAAAGAAAGUUUAUUAUCUCGUCAUCCUUCAACAUUAAAUGCGCGUUUCAACUUACUAUUGUUGGGCAUAAACAUGUUACAAGAAGAUAUCUUGACCAAUCCUGCCAUCAAGAAUGUGCUUAGAGAAAGAAUAUAUACAAAUGCAUUAGAUUAUUUCAGCGUUCGGCUGAUGUGUCCACAGCGCAGUGGAAACGAUCUUAGGGAAGACAUUAAAACCUUGAUCAAGUUCUGGCAAGCAAUAUUUCAAGACAGAAAAUCAUUAGUGGCAAUUCUUAACAUUGAAUCAAAAAAAAGAUCUGUGUCCAUGUCGUCUGACAUUGGUAUAUAUUCGCAGAAGUGGAUGAAUACUCUUCCAAUAUCAACACCACCUCAACAAUAUUCCAGUCGAAAUUCUUCUGCUUCAAUGUCACGUGACCAACGUCUUGACACAGUCGACUCUUUGGUGAAGAAUCUGUUACGCAGGCGCAGUCUGAUUAUGGCACUUGUGAAACGUGAGAUUGAUUUUCUGUCAACCUGGCAUAAUACCGCAGCAGAUACAAAUCUCGUCUUUCCCGGAGAGGAUCAGUUGACAAAAUGGUCGACACAAACAACGUUCACGGAAAAAAUCUGGCGCGAUUUGGUCAAGCUUGCAUGGCAUAUUUCACCUUCAUUAGCGGUUCAUUUAUGUGCAAGAUUCAAAGAAAAUACAACCAUACCGAAAGAGAUCGCAUCUCUCGUCAAGCGACAUCCAUCGCUUGUCACCGACAUUCCUGAGGCUGUCAGCUUUUUGAUAACGGCAUCCAAUAUUAAAAAGAACAUCCCAGAACUUUCAGCAAUAUUGUGUUGGUCUCCUGUAACUCCAGUAACUGCAUUAAGUUAUUUCUCGUGUCUCUACCCACCGCAUCCGUUAACAGCGCAAUACGCAAUACGUGUUCUUCGUUCGUUUCCUCCCGAUGCGAUCAUAUUCUACAUACCACAGUUAGUACAGGCUACAAGAUAUGAUAAAUUGGGAUAUGUAACGCAAUAUAUAUUAUGGGCUGCCGGCAAAUCUCAACUUAUCGCCCAUCAGUUAUUUUGGAACAUGAAGACCAAUAUUUACACAGACGAAGAAGGCAAAAACAGGGAUAGCGGUAUCGCUGAUCGUCUUGAAUAUAUCAUAACAAAGAUUACUGAGAGUUUAUCUGGGAGUGCUUUGGAUUUCUACAAACGCGAAUUUGAUUUCUUUGAGAAAGUCACCGGGAUCUCUGGAGAAAUAAAACCUCUUCCUAAGCCAGAACGAAAACAAGCAUGUUUGGAUGCUUUAAGAAAGAUCAAAGUCGAAUCGGGCGUCUAUUUACCCAGUAACCCUGAAUGUAUGAUCCUAGAUAUUGACUACAAUUCAGGAACUCCGAUGCAAAGUGCGGCUAAGGCACCCUUUUUGGCGCGAUUUAAAGUGCGAAGAUGUGGAAUACAGGAACUAGAAUGUGUCAAUGUCGGUUAUACCGAGUCCACUUCAUCAUCCCCUCGUCAGCCACGUGAGCACCUACAGCCACGUCACCACCCUCCAAUCACUAGGACAAACAGUCGUUUAACAGAUAAUAAAAUAUUCUGGCAAGGAGCAAUAUUUAAAGUUGGUGAUGACGUUAGGCAGGACAUGCUGGCACUUCAAGUGAUAUCCUUAUUUAAGAAUAUCUUUGAAAAUGUUGGUUUGGAUCUUUUACUCAUACCAUAUCGAGUGGUAGCCACUGCACCCGGUUGCGGUGUUAUCGAAUGUGUCCCAAAUGCCAAAUCACGUGAUCAACUAGGACGUCAAACCGAAGUUGAUUUGUUUGAAUAUUUUGUUAAAACGUAUGGUGAGGAAAGUACACCAAAAUUUCAAAAGGCGCGUUCAAACUUUAUAAAAAGUAUGGCAGCAUAUUCUAUUGUGAGUUUUCUACUUCAAAUCAAGGAUCGACAUAAUGGGAAUAUUAUGAUCAGUAACGAAGGACAUGUUAUACAUAUUGACUUUGGUUUUAUGUUUGAAUCAUCUCCCGGCGGUAACAUUGGGUUUGAACCUGAUAUGAAAUUGACGCAUGAAAUGGUUUUAAUCAUGGGAGGAACAAUGGAGUCUCAUUCCUUCAGAUGGUUCAUGGAACUUUGUGUCAGAGCAUAUUUAGCUGUGAGACCAUAUCAAGAAGAAAUUGUAGCCUUAGUGGCGUUGAUGCUUGAUACUGGAUUGCCAUGUUUUAGAGGAGAAACACUGAAAAGACUAAGAGCUCGAUUCUCUCCGUCGCAAACAGAAAGAGAAGCUGCAAACUACAUGUUGAAAGUAAUUCGCGACUCGCAUUUGAACGUCAGAACCAAAUUAUACGACAUCAUCCAGUUGGCACAAAACCAGAUUCCUUAUUAAUGUUUACGUACAAGUAUAAUUAUAUAAUUUUGGGUUUACAGUUAGAUAUUGGAAUGUUUAUUCUCCCUUUACAUUCGUUUGCUGAACAAAGGAACGAAAAUAAAUGUGCAAUAUGGAUUUCAGUUUGAACUGCAUAAUCCUGCAUGGAGACCUAAUAGUAUAUAUGGUAUUUUCCGCGGAUAGUAAUUUUAAGUGUAACGCGCCCUAAUAAAAAUGCUUGAACCGCUCUAAAAUACAGAUAUGACCUUGUUCAGUAUAUCUAGGCGAGUUAAAAAUCACUAUCAGCCUUAAAAAUUCUCUCUAGAAUCUAGACAAACGUUUAUUUGGUAGAGUUUAUUUGCGACUAUCAAACUUGUAUUUACUUUGAUGAUUAAGAAUCAAAACUCACGACGAGUCUAAAAUAUGUAAAUA